UUUGAAUGUAAAUUCUAGUAUCUUUAUGAACUGCCAAAAGGUGUAAUGUCAACGGGAGUAACGCCCCUAAACCCUAACGCGACAUUAAACAUUACAUGGACUAUAGAGCCAUCUACUACGAAGUUUUACUCCUACAUGCACUUUGCCGAGCUUCAGACCCUAAGGGCCAACGAUACAAGAGAAUUCAAUAUAACAAUGAAUGGGAAAAUUUCAUAUGGACCAUAUAGUCCUAAGCCGCUAAAGACCCAAACCAUAUUCGACAUAACACCAGAGCAAUGCGAUGGAGGGGCAUGCCUUUUGCAGCUUCUGAAGACGUCCAAAUCAACUCUUCCGCCUCUCCUGAAUGAGGCUGCUCAUCAGGCUUUCACCGUGAUUGAUUUCCCGCAAAUGGAGACAAAUGAAGAUGAAGUUGCUGGUAUCAAGAAUGUUCAAGAUAUUUAUGGAUUAAAUAGAAUCAGUUGGCAAGGAGAUCCAUGUGUACCCAAACAAUUUUUGUGGGAUGGUCUAAACUGCAAUAACUCAGAUAUUUCGACUCCACCAAUAAUCACUUCCUUAGACUUAUCUACAAGUGGAUUAACCGGGAUCAUCACACAAGCCAUUCAAAAUCUUACCCACCUUGAAAAGUUGGACUUGUCAAAUAACAAUUUGACUGGAGAAAUACCUAAAUUUCUAGCUGACAUAAAAUCACUCUUGGUCAUAGACUUAAGUGGUAAUAACUUAACUGGAUCGGUCCCUCCCUCACUUCUUCAGAGAAAGGAAUGA